AGAAACAACCACUAUACCGUGUUGCCUUCUGCCCCCAGAUCUCUGUUUACAAGGCUAGAAGAGUAGGCAAGCUCCUUUUUUUUUCCCCCCUAGGCUUUUUUUCCCCUCAUUGGUCAGGAGCCCCCUCCCCUCCUCUCUGUCGGGUAGGGUGCUAAUAUCUUUAUUGAGGCUUCCGAUUGGCUGGAUCUCUGUUCUGAAUGCCCCCCCACUCCCCCUUUACUCCCCUGGGCUGGGAGAGUGGGUUAAAGCUGAGCUCUCCUCUUCGGGGAAAAAGAUUCAUUUCAGGACCACACUGAGCUGCUCUGGAGCCUGAGGCUGGUGGCACGGGGCUGACCCAGAGAGUGAGGCUGGACCCCAUGGGGCUCCUCGGUCUGGUCCUAUUCUGGCUGCUGAUGGCAGUGACUGCAGAGGAAAUUCCAGAUUCGCAGGUGGGGCAGGCGGCCUCCUGCAUGACUGCGUGCACAGGGUCAGCUGGGCCCCACCUCCCUGUGGGCACCAGAUACACCUAUCACUUUUCCACCAACACCAGCACCAGCCUGCAGGAGGUCCCGGUGGAGGAGAGUGGUCUUGGCCUCCAAGGCUUGGCUGUCCUUGAUGUGCUUGGCCCGUGUCAGAUGGCUUUAUGGCUCCAAGACUUCCAGGUGACAUCCAUCCUGGGGGCCAAGGUGGAGCUUCUGAAGGAGUCGGAGAGCCUGAGUGCCGCCCUGGGCCACAACCCCCUCCGCUUCAUCCUGCACUCUGGGCGUGUGGUCCACCUGUGUCCCCACCCUGCUGAGCCACGCUGGGUGCUGAAUGUGAAGCGUGCUGUGCUGAGCCUCCUGCAGGGCCACCCGGGGGCCCACAGCCCCAACACCCUCGAUGAGGUGGACAUCCUGGGCCGAUGUCCCACCACAUACCAGCGCCAUGGGGACUGGCUACACAAGACCAAGGACCUGGCACAGUGCUCCCUGCGCAGGGGACACUCCUCGCUGCAUUCUCAGGCCCUGCCUGGAGUGGACCCCGGCCUGACUUCCCGCCUGACCUGCGUCCAGAACUUCCGGGCCGGCGUGCUGCGGGAGGCCUCCUGCACAGAGCUGGACGCUGCAGGGCCACUGUCUGCAAAGGCGAGUGCUGUGCAGAUGCGGACCCUCUCCUCACUCAGCCUGCUACACGAGAUGCCCCAAGAUCCAGCGGGCACAGAUCCAGAUGCUGGAGAUGAUAAAGACAUGACCCCAAGCAGCCUGCUGUAUGAGUGGGAGGAGACACCAUCCCAGGCCACGGUGGCCACCGCAGCCACGUUAGUGAGGAGGCUGUGCCUGGCUCAGACCACUAGCUUGGAGGCCACGGACUUGUUCCUGACACUGGUGUCCCAGCUCCAGGGCCUUUCCGGGGGUGAGCUGAUGGAACUCUGGCGAGAUUCUUCCUUCAAAUGCCGAGACAAUGGGCAGCCACUGUUGGACGCCCUGCCUUCCUGUGGGACAGAGCACUGUGUGGGCCUCAUGAAGGAACUCAUCGCAUCCGGGGAGGUGGAGGCAGACGAGGCGGAAGCGUGGCUGUCAUCACUGGCCUUCCUCCCACAGCCCACAGAUGCUAUGGUUCACAUGCUGCUGCCACUGCUCCAGACCCUGCGGGCCAGCCCUGGCGCCUUCCUGGGCAUUUCAGCCCUGGUGCACAACCUCUGUGCUUCUCUGGAUGCUCCCUGCGGACAGCUGCCUGGAGUCGGCUCUCUAGUGAGGAUCCUGGGAGAUGCCUUGGGUGAGAACUGUACCAUCCAGGAGCCCUCGGAUGAUGACAAGCUCCAGCUUGUGCUGAAGGCGAUCGGCAACGCGGGCUUGGCAGCCAUGGCUCUCACCCCCACACUGAGUGCCUGCGCAUCUCUGAGAAGCAGCGCCCCUGAGAUCCGGCUGGGGGCCAUCCAGGCCUUCCGGAGGGUCCUCUGCUCUGCAGAUCGAUCGGUGCUCUCCCAUCUGUACCAAUCCCCGGAGGAGGAUGCUGAGAUCCGUAUCAAUGCCUACCUGGCCCUGAUGAGAUGCCCUAGUGAGGAGGUGUUUGCCCAGGUGCGCGCACUCCAGGCAGGCGAGCGCUGUCUACCAGUGGGUUCUUUUGUGUGGAGUCAUCUCCUGCAGCUGCUGGAGACGCACGACCCCCUGAAACAGGCCCUCCGGGACACCCUCCCUGAGGACAUUCUCAGCCAGGAGUUCCACCCGGAAAUGUGGAAACACUCGUCCUAUUCUGAUGUCACCUUCCGAUCAGUGUCUGGAAGCCUGGGAGCCAACCUGGAGGGGACCCUUCUCUUCUCUCCUGCCUCCUUUCUCCCCCGUUCUGCCACAGUCAACCUGACCAUCCACACCAUGGGCCGUGCCUUCAACCUCCUGGAGCUUGGGCUCCGGCUGGAAAAUGCUGAGGAAAUUGCUCACAGGCUGUUUGGCAGGAAGUCAUUCUGGGGCCAGGAAGACGGGAGAGAGGCCAAGCCAGAGAAGCCCCCAGGGCCAAAACCAGGGCCUGUACCACAGCGAGCCAGCCCUGAGUGUCCAGGAGACAGAGACAGAAGGAUGAGAGACCUACAGCAGAAGGUGACCCGGAGGCGUGGGGCCACCCAGCGGGCUCUGCGAUGCGAGUUGAGCAUGAAGGUGCUGGGGCAGGAGCUGAGCUUCGUGAAAUGUGGAGCCACAGGGAGUCACGUGAACCACAGGUCCCUGAACCUGGCCGAGCUCGUCAUUAGGCUCAUGAAGGGGCAGGAGGUGCAGAUGAACCGGAGGCUGUGCCUGGCCCCAGAGGAGCUGGUCUUUCCCACGGUGUCUGGCCUUCCUGCCCGACUGACACUAAAUGCUUCAGCUGGCAUCAGCAUUCGGGUCCGAGGAACCGCUGACUUCCAGCAGCGCUCGGAUUUCUCCGUGAAUGGUUAUGUCAAGCCCAGUGCCCUGCUCCAGAUCUCAGCUCAAAUGGGCACAGCGGGCACCCUGGGGCAGGCCGGGCUGAGGUGGGUGACCAGCGUCCGUGGCGCCACCAGCCUGGAUGGCGGGAUCCAGGUGCAGAAGGGCCAGGACCUCAAGGUGCAUCUGAACAUGCCUGAGGAGGCCAUAGAGCUGCUCAGCUUCAGCUCUCAACUGUACCUCAUCACCAGGGAUGGCGUGAGGAGCCUCAGACACGUCCCUGACCCUUCUGAGGCCCAGUCCUGUACUGGUGAGGAAGUGUCCUACACCUGGGGCUGGCGGCUGUGCACUGAAGUGACCUGGCCGGUGCCUGGCCAGCCCUACGUGCUCUCAUUGCCUGUGUUCGCGGCCGUGACGCUGCAGAAGCGGGACCCGGGGCUCCGACAGUAUCUGCUGGAAGCUGCGUAUACCCUGCAGCCCCAGAAGGAUAGCUGGUUCCCUCAAGAAGCCACAGCCCACAUCUUCAUGGGCACGCCGGGGUCAGAAGUGCCAAGGGAUGUCGGGGUGGAUGUCAGUUACAGCUUGCCCCAGAGCAAGUUCCGGCUCAAGCUUCUCCAUCCCAAGAAGAAAAUCGAGCUGGACGGAAAGAUGGAGGCUCUUGGGAGUGCCCACGUGGGUCACUUGGAGUUGAUACUGGAUGACAGGGAUGUCUACUACAUCAAGGGCUGGAGUGACCUGCAGCCAGCCGUGGGUGGUGAGGCCGAGUGGUUCCAUGCGCAGCUGGAGGUGAAACUGGUGACGGGGGGCAGCCCCAUUGUCUUUGCCGGGAACGUCACACGGCAGGCGGGCAGCAAGCUGGCCUUCUCCGCAUCGCUGAGCCAUCCACUGAGUGACCAGGCCCACGUGACAGCACUGCUGGAGAGGAAGGAGGAGGAUGGACGGUGGGUGGCCACCCUGGGUGCCGAGCUCUUCGUGCCAGUGCUGGUGGGGCUGCGUGCCAUUGGCCUGCUGCAGCAAUGGGACCGGCUCUGGACCAACUCCCUGAGGAUCCAGUACAGCCUCCUGGGUCAGGCGAAGCAGCCGGAAUACGAGUGUAGCACCAGCCAGAAGCUGCAGGCAGAGAGCGGCUUGAAUGGCGCCUACAGGCUGGAGCUGGGCCACGAGCUCCACUACACACAGAUCCCAGCCUUCAGCCACAAGGUCCAGCUCUGGCACGAGGAGGACUCGGGCCACCUGCACUCACAGCUGGAGGUGAGCUACGGGAAGCACUGGGACAAGAGCAGCAACAAGAGGCAUCUCCGUGUCAGCCAGACCUUCAAGAAUGACUCGGGGCCCGCUCUGAGCAAUCACUUCAUGGAGUUUGUGCUGCAGGUGCCUGAGAGGCAGGUGGAUUGCCGUGUGCAGCUGCACCAUUUGAGCCUCCGCCUGCCCUAUGUGGAGAGAAGCAGUCACCUGAAGGUGCAGUACAAUGGGCGGCCGCUGUUUGUGGCAGGCGGGCAGUGGAAGGACACAUCUCGGGCCACCCUGUGGAAGUGGGAAGGAGCCCUGAACCUGGAUAGUCCAUGGCUGAUGGUCUCUGCAGCUCACCGGCUAUACUGGCCACACCGAGCUGUGUUCCAGGCUGUCCUGGAGCUAACACUGGGCAAGGCCUGGACCCUGAAGGACCUGGUGGUCAGCGUGGCCUGCAGGAGUCAGGGCCCCAACAGGGAAGGCAAGAUCCAGGUCUACACCCCAGCUACCACCUACCUCCGGGUCUCCACGGUGACAGUCUUGGCACAGAGCCUCUUCCACAGCUGGAGUGAAGUUGAGUCAACCUGGAAUGCAGCAGUGCAGGGUGAGAUCCAUGCUGAGAACAGCCGGGACCGUAAGAUCCUGAACUGCUUGUUGAAAGGUCCGCGGCAGGAGCUGAACCUAACAGCUGCCUACAGGCACCUGGAGUGGCCCCGGAAGACCCAGGUGUCGCUCACGGCUCUGCGGACUGGUGUCCAGGGCCAAUCUCGGGGCCUGCAGUUGGAGGGAGAGCUGGAGGAGCUGAGGCAAGACAGGACAUUGUACCGGAAACGGGGGACCUUGCUCCUUAGGCACCCCUUGCACCUGCCCAUCCCGCAGAGCCUCCUCCUGCAGGAGACCUUCACGGCUGAUAGGCGACACCAGCGCUAUUCCCUGGAGACUAGAGUUGUCCUGAAUGGCGGAGAGGAAACCCUGCAGACUGUGGUCCUGGGCUGCCAGGCUGGACACCCCUAUGUCUGUGCAGGUCUGAUGCAUCCAUACGAUGGCAAAGUCAUCCCCAGGAACACAGAGGGGUGCCUGGUUGCUUGGAAUCAGCACACGGCUAAGAACAGGGAGAUUGAGGCUACUUUGAAAGUCAACCGGAAAGUUGUGCUGCACUUGAAGGGUUUACAUCGUGACAGAUCUCAGCAUGGGGAAAUCCGGCACAGCCUGGCCCUGGACUUGGCCCAUUCCUACCAGCUGAGCUUCCCCCAGGCCCUGAACUUGGAUGGGGGCAUCAUCUUUAGACAGAGUCCCCAAGGAACAUUCAACUUCGGUGUGGAUGCACGAGCUGCCGUCAACCACAAUGUCACAUCCCAGGUCUCGGUCCAGCUGAACGGAUCUGACUUCGACUUUACAUUUUUCUUCCAGCUCAAGCAUCCCCACAGACCAACAUUUCCUCCAAACUUCCAGGUGCAGGCAGCUGCCGGACGCUACAGAGUGUGCAGCCUCAACGGGUCUCUAUCUGUGCAUAUGUCUGGCCGGGAGCUGGUUCUGCUGGAGGUCGACGCCAGCCAGGACACUCGGAGAAGCAGGCGGGGCUGGGGCGUGAGUGUCCUUCUCCACCAGGCUGUCCUCAGUGCCCCCAGGGUUGUUCGGCUGCAGCUGUCUGGAAAGAUCACCCCAGCAAGGAUUUGGCUGUUUUCCAAGGCACUGCUGGACCAGAACACAGCACAGCUGCUCCUCAAGGCAUCUGAGGAAUGGAGGGGAGGCUGGGUCCUGACCUUACAGAGCCAAACCCAGCACACGGUGGCUGGCUGGGCAGCGAUGCCCCGCCUCCUGACACUCACAGGAAGGCUGAAGCAGAAGGAGACACUUCGAGAGGGCACCCUCAGGGUCACUGCUGACUCAGCUGUGCUGGGCUUCCUCCUGCGGGACAAGCAUGAGAAGGCAGGGAACGGCACCAGCGUGCGCAGCGUGACCUGUGUCCUUGCCCAGAACAGCAGCCAGGCCUUGCCUGGAGAGCUCCAGCUGAAGGGCCGGCUGCAGGCCCAGAUGAGGAACCUGAGGGCCCAGGCCAGCAUCCGGGCCCAUGCGGCCAGCCUGGCUCUGGGUGGCGCCUGCUCCUGGGGCCCCGGGCACAGCCAGCUUGCAGUUGGCCUGACACACAAUAUCAGCACGCUGAGUGAUGCAGGACUCCCCUCCGAGGCAGGGAUGCUCCUGUCUCUCACCCACAUGGCUUCCAACUGCUCAGCACGCCUGGCACUGCGGAACACGGGGGGUCAGCUAGACGCUGCCCUUGGCCUGGAGGACCUGACCCCCGAGUCCCCAGGCCGCCAACUCCAUGCCAGCCUCCACCACACCCACACCAUGCCCAGCCUCCACCACUGGGGCCUCCCCUUCUCAAUAAACGGCCACGGGCACUUCCAGAGUGUGGGACGCAGUCUGGCGGCCGGGCUGACGGUAAACUUGGAUGGUGAACAGCUCCACGCAGCCCUGGAGAGGAAGGCAGAGGACGGCCGCCAGGGGCUGGUGCUGGGGCUGAACCACAGCCUCUCGGGGCUGCAGGGCACGCUGCCCUCCCAGCUGGAGGUCAACUGCAGUGGAGACACCUCGCCCACCCAGCUGUUAGGAUGGUGCCGAGGAGACAUCGCUGGGCAGCCUCUCGAGGUCUCUGUGGACAUUCACAACGGCAGCUCCGGCUUCGAGCAUUCUGGGCGCGUCGUGAUGGGGCCCACGUUCCUCAACUACUCCAUGAGCUGCUGUUACCGUGAUGGGCACCUGGAGCUCUCUGGCCAGAGCUGGCACAACAGUGAGGCCUUGUUGUGGGCAGGGUUCCCAGGAGAGGCCUGCCUGAGCGCUGAGCUGCAGAUACACGAGACCGAGACCCAGGCCAUAGUAGCCUUCCAUGGCGGGGACAGUGGAGUCAGCGUGGACCUGGCAGCCCUGGUGGCUUGGCCACCGUAUGGCCCACUGCAGCUGGUGGCCAAUGCCAGCCAUGCAGUGCCUGCUCUCCAGAGGCUGGGCCUGCCCUUCACCAACCAGCUCGUGUUCCAAGGACUCUGGGAGGCAGAGGAGAUGAGCUCCUCGCUGCAGCUGACCUGUGAUUCUCAGGCCACCUUGGUCCUUGACGUCCGUGGCCAGAACCAGGCAGUCAGCAAAGAGCUGCUGUUCUCAGGCCAGCAUCGCCUCCCCUCCCUCCUGGGCCGCUGCCCCAGCUCAGCCUCAGCCUCAGCUAAGCUACGCUACUCCAAGGGUGAGGUUCAGAGCAUGUUCGCCUUGGGCGUGGAGGAGCAUCAUUUUCACAUCAGCACCCAGCAGAUAGCUGCUAAGGCUAGUCUUACCAACUUCAUCAAACUGGAACAGACCUUCCUGCAGCUCAGCGGCCUUCCCGGGGAGCUGGUCCUGCAGACCACAUACAAGCGAGCUCAUGGGACCCGUGUCCUGCGCCAGGUGGUGCUGUGGGAUGGCCAGGAGGUGGCCCUCACUGGGAACCUCUCUGGCCCUUUCCCCAAGGCCACCAGGAACCUCAGCCUGCAGGUGGAGCUCACCCACCCGCUGCCCCUCCCCCUGCCACGACACUGCAGCCUCCGCCUGUCCUCAGAGCAUUUGGGAGGCAGCCACCGGGAUGGCCUGAUUGUCGGCUGGGAUGGCAGGGACCAGGUGCUGGUCUCCUCCUCCCUGUGGCUGGGGAAGAGUGAGCUGGCCGCCCGCCUGGCCCUGGCUCACCCAUUCAACCUCUCUUGGUGGCAAGCCGAGGUCAGUGGCCUUGCUGAGAGCAGGGGUGGCAGGCAGAGCCGGCAGGUGCAGCUCACCUGGAACAGAGGACAACCUGCGACCCUGCAGCUCACCUGGGCUGACAGGUCCUCAGCAUACAGCACUGCCUGGGACGGCUGCCUGGCCGCCUCCCCGGGGCAGCUCCAGGAAGCUUGGGGCCUGGACAUCCUCCAGGCCUGUGGGGUCUUAAUGCAGACCCCAGCUGUGUUCGUUGAACAGCUUGACCUGUCCUGGGGCCAACACCGCAUGCGGCAGAACUUGACAUACGAGAGGCAUCUGCCAUCUCAGCCAGGCAGGAUCAUCGCGGAGGCCACCCUGGAGCACGUCCUCGGGGCCUCUUGUAGCCGGCAGAGCUUCCGGGGAGAAGUACAGACUGACUAUGCACACUGGCUGCGGCACUCCCUCCACCUGGGGCUCUGUGACCUGCCCAGGGCCCUCUUGGUCGCCGGGGAGCACGUCCUGGGCCAGGGUGGACUCCUGCUUCGUUCCCGCUGCCACCUGGGCCUCGCACCAGACCCAGACCACGGCCUGCACCUCAGCCUGACCCUCCGAAACCACAGCAGGCCUCAUUCAACUGACUUCUCCGGGGCGCUGGAGCUUCGUGGCUCCAAGGCUCAGCGGGUUGGCCUACUGGGCCAUGUCUCCACCUCGGCUUCUCAAAGCUUGGUCCGACUGGAGGGAAAUGUGGACAACAGAGAGGAGAAAGUGAGACUGUCUGUGUUCCGGGCCCCAAGCUGUCUCCAGGCCUCUGUGAUGCAUGAGGAAGGGGGCAGAGAGCAGAGUGUGGUGCUGCGGGCAUGUGCCCACGGGCGGACAGCUGAGGCGGAGGUCCUGUUCCGGGAUGGCACGCAGCCCUUCCAGCCGCUGGGACGCCUGACCCUGCAGGUUGCCAACCAGAGCCUCCUGCUGGCUGCGCACGGCUGUCAGGGGGCCCUGCUGGGCCAUGUGGAGUCCAGGAUCGCAGCAGUUGGCUCCCAGGUGCAAGCCCAACUGGAAGAGAAGAUUCAACGCUUGGGUGCCUCUGUGAGAAGGUUCCAGCAAUUGGUGCAGCCGGCAGGCACCCUGGACGGCGUGGCAGGCCUCCUUCUGCAGCUGUCCCAGGCGGGGCGGGAGGCUGUGCAGGCCAGUGGUUGGGCAGUAGCCACUUUGUGGGCCCGGAGCCAGGCACUGACCCAGCACCUGCCUCUUUACCUGGAGUGGCUGCAGGUGGGGCUGGAGCAGCUGCGUGAUGAGCUGGAACGGCCCCUGGCCACACUGAAGGACGCCUACCUGGAGGUGACACUGCGGCCCCUGGAGGAAGUGUGGCGGGAGCGGGCAGAGGAGGCCAUGCGGCAGCUGCAGGCCUGGGUGCCCGGGAUGCCAGGCAAUGGGGGUCCAAGGCCCAUCAGGGUGGCCCUGGGGGCGGCGAAAGGAACCCUGGAGCUGGCCGCCCACCAGAUGCUGUCCUGGGCUGAGGCCACGUUCUCACGGGCACUGAAGAGGCUCUGCAAACCCCUGCUGGACCUGUACAGCUUCUCGGCCAGAAACCGCUCAGUCGUGGUGACACUGCCACUGCUGCCUGUGGGGGACGAGCCCCUGGAUGUGGCCCAGGUGACCAGCUACCUGGUGGAGAAGCUGCUGCGGCCGCUCCGAGAGCUGUCUGGGGCCAACGUGCUGGCCGAGUACUACCGGCUCAGACGCCGCCUGCUGGAGAGCCCCUGGGAGUACCAUGCCCUGGUAGCCGGGGCCCAGCACUUGGUGACCUUCGAUGGCCGGGUAUGGGACCUCAGCGCCCAGUGUGGCAGCAUCCUCCUGGCCCAGGACUUUGCUCACAACACAUUCUCACUGACACUGAGUCAGACCGGCUCAGGGCUCAUGGCCCUGUCCGUGGAGCUAAACCAUAUGACCCUCGUCUUCUACCCCAGUCUGCAGGCCUACAGACUGUACAACUCCUCCAUGCCGGGGGAGAGCUGUCCGGACCUCAAGCUGCAUCAUACGACAAGGAGGAACGUCCCCAGGAUUGAGCUGGCCAGUGAGGACGGGGUGUCUGUCUCCUGUGACGUGCCCACCGGCCUCUGCAGCCUGACUCUGGGCCUCUGGCACCAUGGCGUAUCUGCUGGUCUUCUAGGCACCAAUGACAAUGAAGCAGGCAAUGAGCUGAUGUUGCCAGACGGCUCUGUGGCCCGCAGCCUGGAGGAGCUCAGCCUGGCCUGGCAGGUGGGUGGUGACUGCAGGGCCACUGAGAAGACUCAGCAGGCCUGCCGAGAACAGAGCCCCACCUGCCGGGCCUUCUUCGAGGACCCCCACUCCAGCUUGAGGAACUGCUUCUGGGUGGUAGACCCUACACCAUUCCUCAGCCUGUGUGUGCAGGACACCUGUGGCACCCGGGAGCUCCAGCCUGCCUGCAACCUGGUGGCCGCCUACAUCCACCUGUGUGCCCGGGGCUUUGUGCCCCUGGCCCCUCCUCCACAGUGUGUUUGAGAUUUCAUCCAAGCCAGCAUUAGGCUGCCAAAGACUUCAAACCCCUUCACCUCUACUCCAAUUCUAGUUCCUUGGCAAGGGCAAGAUUCAUGGCUGGGACAGAAUAACCAGCAUGGAAUGCCGGGAAACUCAGAACAGCACGUGCUUCAAAUGCAGGGAACAAGAGCUCCCUGCCACUGGGCUCAAAAACACUUCUGGGGGAAACUCUCCCACUGGUCUGGGUAAUUCUCCCCCUUCCUCCACACCUCCACUGUAAACCAGGAGACAGUGUAGCCAGCGAGUAUCAGCUCUGCAGAGAAAACUCCACCUGGCCCCUGUUCAUGCCCAAGAUAUUUACUCACUUAUUCAACAGCCAUCUGGGAAGCCGCUUCAGAACACUGACUGUGUGGUGGGGGACACGAAGCCAGAUCCUCAGCAGUUUGGUACUGGUUUUCCCUGCCUGAUCCAGGGGUCUUCUGAGGCAGGAGCUUCCUUGAGGGGAACUGAUGGCCCCAAGCCCGUUAAUCAGAAGCGCAGGUAGGGAGCUUCUCUCUCUGGGGUAGACACACUGGGACGGAAUGCUUUAGGAGGCUCUGGGGAGGGCCUCUGCUUUGGUAGGGGUACCUGUGAACUCAGGCCCCCAGGCUACAGCAUUGGAAGUUUUUUACUUUCUUUGGGGAUAUAACUUUUUCCUUUGAGUUUUCAACUGAAAAAUAAAGCUGGCAGAAUCCAA